AUGUCGGCCCCGCUGGUUAAGGUCUUGCACCGACUGCAAGAACUCUUUCACAACGUGGUCGCCGCUCUCGAAAACAUGAUCCUCUUCCCCUCCCUAUUCCGCGGAUUCUCGCGCCGCCGCCGGAAGCCCUUCCUGGGCGCCCAUUGGAAACGCCGAUCCCUCGACGACUUCGCAGAGGAAGUCGAAAUCGCCUGCUCCGUCCCCUUGUCCACUCGCAACAUGGCCGAUAUGUCCGAGAAGAUUCGCGCGCAGUUCCGGACCUGCCUCCAAGACAGCCCGUGCUGCAUGCUACCCUCCUACGAUACGACCCUCCCCGCUGGCACGGAGAAAGGAACCUAUCUCGCGCUGGACGUGGGAGGCUCGACAUUCCGAGUUUCCUUGAUUGAGUUAAAUGGCCGAGACGAGGAAGUGCGGAUCCUGAAGGUGUCUUCGGCACAUAUCGAUGAUAGCGUGAAGCUGUUGGAAGGAACAAAGUUCUUCGAUUGGAUGGCCGGACAGAUCGAGGUGGUCCUCAGGGAAGUGGGAGUUGACUACGGGCGUAGUGAUGUGCCGUUGGCGAUGGGUCUGUCCUGGUCGUUCCCUAUCGAGCAGACCUCGCACGGUAGUGGAUUGGUUGUGCAAAUGGGCAAGGGGUUCAAGGCUUCAGACGGUACGGUAGGUCUGGAGCUCGGUGAUCUGAUCGUCCAAUCAUGCCGCAAGCGCAAUUUGAACGUAGAGGUCGCCGCUAUUGUGAACGACGGCUCUGCGGCUCUCUUGUCGCGUGCCUACGUUGACCCCAAGACCCGUAUGUCUCUCAUCCUGGGCACCGGCACAAACAUGGCAAUCCAUUUCCCGGUACAAGAGAUUGGGAUGUCCAAAUUUGGCGUCCGCCCCGAGGGCUGGUUCGACUACGCAAAACACGUUAUCAUCAACAGCGAGAUGAGCAUGUUCGGUGGAGGCGUGUUGCCUAUGACUCGCUGGGACGAAUACCUGAACCGUACCCAUCUGCGUCCCGACUACCAGCCUCUCGAGUAUAUGAUCACAGGUCGGUACCUGGGCGAAAUCGUCCGCCUGAUCAUCGUUGAGGCUGUUGAAACGUCUCGUCUGUUCAACGGCGAGCUGCCACACUCCAUGCGUGAACCCUACUCUCUCGACACCAGCAUCGUCGCCUUCAUCGAAGAAGACUCCUCACCAUCUCUCUCCGCCUCUGCAACCCUCCUUCAAAAGCAACACACAUUUCCCACCCUCCCAACUGCGGAGGACCUCCGCUUCCUGCGUCGCAUCUGCCAGGCUGUUUCCCACCGCGCAGCAGGCUACUUGGCCACAGCCAUCCACAGCAUGUGGUGCCUGCGCAACGAGGUUGAAUUCCCCAGUACACCAAUCACAGACUCUCUCGAUAAAGAAUCCCCUGAGAUCACCGUCGUCGAGAGCGAAGAUUCAUCCAAGAACCUUUCCAUCGCUUGCGACGGAACAGUCAUCAACAGAUACCCCGGAUUCCAGGAUGUCUGCCAGGCCUAUCUAAACAAACUGACCGAAGAGACACACCCUGGCACCGGCGCUUCCAUCCGCCUGAACCCAGCGCCUGAAAGCGCCAUCCUGGGCGCUGCUGUCGCCGUGGCCGUAGCCGUGGCUGAAAAGUCCGCUACAAAAUGA